AUGACCUUUAAAUAUCUUGGAGCAAACAUCACGAGUAACAGGAAUCUAAGGGAGGAAGUAAGGAAUCAAACAUCAAAAGCCGCUUUAAUAUCGGGGUACUUACGAGACAUCAUCUGGAGAAACAAGCACAUGAGUAUAGGGAGUAAAGUCAGAAUCUACAAAACGUGCGUGAGGCCAGUGAUGACAUACGCCGCAGAAACAAGAGCGGAAAACACAACAACCAAACGCUUGCUAAGAACAAUAGAAAUGCGAGUCCUAAGAUCCAUAACAGGACACACACUAUACGAUAUGAAAAGGAGUGAGGAAAUUAGAGAUACCUGUAAGGUUUCGGAUGUUGUAAGAUGGACCAGAGCAAGGAGAAGAGCGUGGGGAGACCAUGUAGAGAGAAUGGCCGUCGACCGAAUGGCAAAAAUCGCCAAAGACCAAAAACCUAACAGCUCAAGACUCCCAGGAAGACCACCGAAGCGAUGGUACGAAAGCUGGACAUCAGCAUCCCAGGACUAG